AUGAGCGGUGAUCGUGCGGGAUCGCAGUGCGGUCUUACAACGCUACUGCCGAUGUCGUGUCGCGGUCGAGCUGCCGCGUUUGCCCGGGACCUACAUUCGCGUCUCCGAAGUCUAGGCGCUACACAAGACGGCGAAUGCGAAAAUAGCUGGCUUACUCGUGAAAAUUCUACACAUCGACCAUCCAACUCUCCGCGCUCUCAAAAAGACCUUGAAACAUUCUACGAUUUUGAACUAGAAUGCGAGAGUCCGUCCAGUCCAGUUGAAAACUAUGAGCCAUCCUUUCCAGAGAAACAAAGUGAAGAAAGUGAUCCGCCUUUUUAUGAUGUUGAUUCCAACACAGAAAACAAAGAGCAAAGUAAACUAUUGUUGAAACAACCAGAUGCAGGGAAAAAUGGAUUUAAGUUUUCCACUGCAUUUUACACGGAGUCACCAGUGAAACACCAACCAACAUCGAGAGAGAACGGUCACGUUGAUAAACCACUGUAUUCUGCUAUUACUUUUGAAGGCUGUGCUCGACAAAAUAGUUUUGAUGAAGUCGAUUGUGCUGUUCAGCCUAUUUCAGUUACAACCCCAGACCGGUCAAAUUCAUAUUCUCAACAAAGUUCAAUGAUAGAUAGCGACUCAGAAUUUGAAUCGGCAAAAAGUGAAGAAGGAUCUCAAAUUGAGAACAAUGUAGAAAAUGAUAUUACAGAUGCGGUAGAAAAUUUGUCAAUUACUGAUAGUGAAACUCUUAACGAAUUAGAAGAAAUAUUAACAGUAAGAGUUGAUGAAGAUAAUGAAAACGAUGUAAACGAAACUAUAGUAAUAAGCAAUGAUUUAGCGAAAAUAGUCACCAAUGAAGUUCCUAUUGAUAAAGAUCUAUCACCGGCACCUGAAAUUGAUCCUUCCCUAUUAAAUGCUGAAACUAAAAGAGAAGAUGAGUCAGAAGAUGAUAAACCACAACGAGUACGUCGAUGCUCAUCAUUGAAAACGGGGAAGACGCCACCCGGUACUCCAGGUCGUAAAAAAAUUGUUAGAUUCGCAGACGUUUUAGGACUCGAUCUGGCUGAUGUUAAAACUUUUAUGGAUGAAAUACCUGUUAUUCCGAAAUCUGCCUACGAUGAUCUUACCGGUUGUGAUGUACAGAACUCACCGCCUGCUCGACCUCCGCCUCGUCUCGGUGCUUUAACACUAGUUCCUCUAUUCCAACUACCACGCGAUUUCACAGAAAAGUUAGAAAAACAAAAUGUUUGCAUGGAGAGUUCUCGAGUUUGUGAUGGCGUACACGUCACUAUAUGUGGAUCAGUGCGGGUGCGAAAUUUAGACUUUCACAAGACAGUACACAUACGAUACACUAUGAACCGUUGGAAGACGUACACAGACUUGCAGGCCAAUUACGUCCAAGGUUCUUGCGAUGGCUUCUCGGAUCGAUUCCAGUUUAUUUUAUACGCACCUUGCAUUUCGUCGGGGCAGAGGUUAGAACUGGCAGUUCGUUUUCAAUGCAAAGGUCAACAAUUCUGGGACAACAAUAGUGGAGCAAAUUAUUGUUUUGAUUGUCUUGCUCUCGGUGCUACGGUGCCUGCGCCCUCGUCUUCGGGAACUCUUCACCCCAGUGUGGAUUGGCAUCCCUCAUUCUAC